UUUGUGUCAAAAAGCUCCUACGUUCAAUAAUAUAUUUGAUCAACAUCGUGUCCUCUAAUUACUACACGAAUAACCCCGUUUCAUUUUAAAAUAUGAUAAUGAUUCGUCAUUCAAAUUGUCUACGUACCACGUGUCUGUAUUUUUGGGGGCUUUUGUUAGCAAGCGAAAUGGCUAUCCGAAUUAGCUAACUUGCUAGCUAGCUACAAAGUACACAACACAGAGAAGCGAGUGACAUACUUUGUGUUGAUGUUUACUGUCCGUUAUUUGUGUCCAUAGCAAUAGCAGGGAUGAAGAAAGCGAAUUGGCGUGACAGGGACCGAAGGCGACUCGGUUACCGCUCUGACUGGCAAAGGGACAGCGCAAGGCACAGAACACAGGAACAAAGGUAUGGCAGCAGUGAAGCAGGCCCCUCCUACAGAGACAGGACCCCAGAGAGUAGGCCUGUUUCUAAUGGUGCAGCCUCUUCCUCCUCCUCCAGCUCUGCUGCUCCAGAGCUGCCAGGGUUCUACUUUGACGCUGAGAAGAACCGUUACUUCCGGCUGCUGCCGGGCAACAACAACUGUAACCCUCUGACCAGAGGGCUGCUGCAGGAGAGAGAGCAGGAGAAACACAGGGCCAGGAUGAUCACUGAGGACGAGAGGCCCAGGAAGAAAGCACCAAGAGCAGGCCUGAACUCAGCUCUGCUGCUGCAGAAAAGACACCUGGGUCUGCUGCCUGGGAACUCUUACAGUAGGCUGAUCCAUGAGGUGAAGGUGAGUGGGAUGAGACGUCACAGACUGGAGGUCCAGAGCUCUGACACCAGCAGUCCCAACACAGACAACUUUAGACUCAUAGUGGGUGACUCUGCAUGUGAGCGAGUGUUCACGGUUAACGACGUUUCUCACGGAGGCUGCAAGUACGGCAUCAUGAACUUCAGAGGCUGCAGCAGGGGCUCCCUGUCUGUUGAGAUGUGUGACAACCUCUACUUUACAAAUAGAAAGGUUAACUCUAUCUGCUGGGCCUCAGUCACCCACCCUGACUCACACGUCCUCCUGUGUCUGGUGGGCAUGGCAGAGACUCCUGGCUGUGUCAGUUUACUACCAGCCUCGCUCUUCAGCAACUCCAACCCAGACCAGCCAGGGAUGCUGUGUAGUUUUAAGAUUUCUACAGCCUGGUCCUGUGCCUGGUGUCUCAACCCUCAGGCUGACAAAACAUUUAGCACUGGUCUGUCUCGCAGGGUGAUAGUGACGGACGCAGUGACAGGCAGGAGACAGACGUAUGGCAUCAGCAGUGACGUGCUGGCACAGCAGUUUGCCCUCAGGGCUCCGGUCCUGUUUAAUGGCUGUAGGUCAGGAGAGAUCUUCAGUAUCGACCUGCGUCAGAGAGGCAGACGGGACCACAGCUGGAAGGCCUGCAGGUUCUACCAGGACUCUGCUAUCACCUCCGUACGAAUAUUACAGGAUGAGAACUACCUACUAGCUGCUGACAUGAUUGGAGAGAUCAAGCUGUGGGAUGUACGAGUAACAAAACCAGUGCAGAAGUACGAGGGUCAUCAUAACCAACACGCCUACUUACCCCUCCACGUCAACGAACCUGAGGGACUGCUGACGGCUGUGGGUCAGGACUGCUACACACGUCUGUGGUCUCUGGGGGACGGCCAGCUCCUGAGGACCAUCCCAUCUCCCCACCCUGCUGGGAAGGACAUGAUCCCCAGUGUGGUCUUCUCCUCCCAGCUAGGUGGCAGCAGAGGCCUGCCUGGUCUCCUCAUGGCUGUCAGGCACGAUCUGUACUACUUCCCUUAUAACAGUGACUACCAGGAGGGAGGAGGGGUAGUAGCAGAGGCAGCCUGCUAGGGGAGGGCCUGACUGAGGCAGCCUGCUAGGGGAGGGCCUGACUGAGGCAGCCUGCUAGGGGAGGGCCUGACUGAGGCAGCCUGCUAGGGGAGGGCCUGACUGAGGCAGCCUGCUAGGGGAGGGCCUGACUGAGGCAGCCUGCUAGGGGAGGGCCUGACUGAGGCAGCCUGCUAGGGGAGGGCCUGACUGAGGCAGCCUGCUAGGGGAGGGCCUGACUGAGGCAGCCUGCUAGGGGAGGGCCUGACUGAGGCAGCCUGCUAGGGGAGGGCCUGACUGAGGCAGCCUGCUAGGGGAGGGCCUGACUGAGGCAGCCUGCUAGGGGAGGGGCUGACUGAGGCAGCCUGCUAGGGGAGGGGCUGACUGAGGCAGCCUGCUAGGGGAGGGCCUGACUGAGGCAGCCUGCUAGGGGAGGGCCUGACUGAGGCAGCCUGCUAGGGGAGGGGCUGACUGAGGCAGCCUGCUAGGGGAGGGCCUGACUGAGGCAGCCUGCUAGGGGAGGGCCUGACUGAGGCAGCCUGCUAGGGGAGGGCCUGACAACCUUGGUUAAAAGGGGUAGUAGUCAGUGGCUCACUACUCUUCUUUUCCUGUUGACCACCGAUCUGAAAGAACUGGAAGAGAAGAAGGAAAAUGGACAAAGAACCUCACACAUGGAGACUCUUACUGCCUAAAGUUAUCAGCCUGGAGCUUCAAGACUUCAAGUGGAGAGCUGGGUCUGACUGUUGGGUCUGACCGUAGAGCUGCGAAGUGGAGAGCUGGGUCUGACCGUAGAGCUGCGAAGUGGAGAGCUGGGUCUGACCGUUGGGUCUGACCGUAGAGCUGCGAAGUGGAGAGCUGGGUCUGACCGUAGAGCUGCGAAGUGGAGAGCUGGGUCUGACCGUAGAGCUGCGAAGUGGAGAGCUGGGUCUGACCGUAGAGCUGCGAAGUGGAGAGCUGGGUCUGACCGUAGAGCUGCGAAGUGGAGAGCUGGGUCUGACCGUAGAGCUGCGAAGUGGAGAGCUGGGUCUGACCGUAGAGCUGCGAAGUGGAGAGCUGGGUCUGACCGUAGAGCUGCGAAGUGGAGAGCUGGGUCUGACCGUAGAGCUGCAGAUGGACUGCUGGAACAUGGAUCCAGGACUCUUGUCUGUCUACUAUAUUUGUCUACCAGUGAACCCUGAAUUAUGUCCACAGGAACUGCAAUUCAUCAACUGGCCAGUGAGUUUAUUAUUGAAGUUGUGUUUUUUGUCUUUAUAAUAAUAACGGUAAUUAUUCAUCUGAAACAGAUUUCAAUAAUGAUGUAAAGUUUAUAUGAUUAAAAACAAUGUAUUUUA